UUUCGAACUGAGCGACUACUAAAUAAACAACGAACAACCAUUUAUGAUAUUAAAUUUUAUUCAAACAAUUUUAAAUAAACCAAUAAUUUUUUUCAAUAGUUCAAUACUUUAGUUAAUUUCUACCGAGUGGAGAUGGUGAAGCCACAGCGCAACAUGCGGUCGCUGGCUUGGCUGCUCCUGCUCAGUUUUUUCUUCGGUUACGUUAUUUACAUGGUUUCGUACGUGGGUAACGAUUGGUACGUAGUCCCUGUCGAGCCCUUUCCCUACCCUCCCGACAACCAGAGCACCCCCAUCAGAAUGGGGCUUUUCUGGAUGUGCGUCCAGUCCCAUUGUCUCUAUGACCUCAAAGUUGAUUACAUUAUUGUCCGCUAUCUGCCAUAUAAAGAAAUUCAGUAUGCCAGCCAAAACUACAGGGCUGUGUGCAUGUCUAUAAUAUCGGUUGGCAUGGUACUUCUAUGCUUGGCCUUGGGAGCGUAUUUUCUCUUCCUGUCGGGUUUCAACUUUUCACAUCUUAUGGGUUUUGUGACUGGAGGUCUACAGCUUGUUUCGAGCAUAGUGACAAUGAUAGGUGUGAUUAUUUACGGAGUGAAGUUCAGGGGCCCGACGAUAAACAACCCCUUCGGCUGGUCCCUGUGGCUGAUGGUGGCUGCCAUACUGUGGUUAGCUGCUAAUGGCAUAUUGGUGAUUUUGUUGACGAUUGUUAUCUGCGCUAGGAAGAGGAGAAAGGAGGGCGAAGAUUUCAAUACCCCUUUGCAAGCAUCUUUCUAAUAAACUCUUCUGUUGUCGUUCGUUAUUAACUAUGUUUCACGUAUGUACAGUACACAUAAUUUUCUAUUUGCCGUUCUUAUUCGAGUUUUUAAUUCUUUUAUCAAUUGUGUUUGAUCGCAAGUCUUUUAAAGAUUUAAAAAAGAUUAAAAACUUAUUUGUUGCCAUUGGAUGACCGCAAAUUAUUAUAGUUAAAUAAUAGUGGAAUGUUGUAGAAUGUAUGUUGGGAUGCAUUCAUGGGCAUUGAGAUAAGUUACUGCGUGUGAGUUCGUAUGUUCUGAUAAGCAAGUGCGUGUGUGGUGUGCGUGUAUGUGUGUGCGUGUAUGUGUGUGUUUGUGUGUGUGUGUGUGAGUGAGUGUGUGUCACAUGUAGAAAAGCGCCGUCAAUUUAUGAAAUAAGAUUAUUAAUGCUAAACACUUUUUGUGAAACUUUGGAUAAACAAUUGAAUUAUG